UGAGAGAAGGAGAGAGCAGAAACUGGAGCUCAUUUUCUCUCACUCUCUGGGGAACCAAACAGACAAAAAAGCACACGUCGAUUCCGUUUUCAGUUCUGUCAUUUUCCCCCUAACUUUCUCGAACUCCGUCUUCGAUUUCUCAGGUGUUCGAUUAAAUGCCACUUAGAAAUGAGAGUUUAUGAAAUGGGUUACAGAUAGUGUUACUUAGUGGUUUUGUUCGUGAAGGUUGUUCUUAGAAUUGGGACAUUAUGGAUCUCGGUUGUGGUCUUCGGCAGCCGAAUGUGUUACGCUGUAGUGAAGGGACGAGUCGUAAAACAUUUGACCGUUUUGAUUCGCACAUCUUGUUUAAUUUGAGGACCGGUAAGAAGGCAAAGAAAAUUACGAGUUUGAGUGGUUUUGGGAAUGCAAGUUUGGCUGCUAGAGUGAAAUCUGAUGGCCGUUAUGUACUUAGUUUAGAUCAUAGAGCAUCGUUGUUUUGUAGUUUCCAUACUACUUUCCGAGGCAGAAGAGCAGUUUGGUCGCAGUGUCAGAAUAAUGAUUCUUUAGCAUACAUAAAUGGAAACGGGCCAAAUGCAGAAUCCUUGGAAAGUGGUGAUGAAUCAGGGGGGGAGACCGACCAUGGUAGCGAGUUGAGUGGAUCUAGAGAAGAAGGGGGAGAACAAGAAGGAGAAAAGGAGGCACCUAGUCUGGGUGAAUUGAGGGAACUGCUGCAAAAGGCCAUUACAGAAUUGGAAGUUGCACGGCUCAACAGUACAAUGUUUGAGGAAAAGGCGCAGAGGAUAUCUGAAGCUGCAAUAGCUCUGCAGGAUGAGGCAACGAAUGCUUGGACUAAUGUUAAUCUAAAACUUGAUAACAUUCAGCAGAUUGUGAAUGAAGAAUCCAUUGCAAAAGAAGCAGUCCAGAGAGCGACGAUGGCUCUUUCAUUAGCAGAGGCGAGGCUUCAGGUGGCAGUAGAAUCUUUAGAGGCUGCAAAAGGUGGGGCUGAAUCUCCAGACACUUCAGGAGCGAGUGCGCUUCAAAGAGAUGUUACGGAAGAUGAAAAGGCUCUUUUGGAUGCUCAGGAAGAUAUUAGGGAAUGCCAGGUGAAUUUGGCAAAUUGCGAGGCAGAGUUGAAGCAGCUACAGAGUAAAAAGGAGGAGCUGCAGAAACAGGUGGAUAGGUUGAAUGAGAUUGCAGAGAAAACGCAGCUGGAUGCUCUAAAAGCUGAGGAAGAUGUGACAAACAUAAUGCUUUUGGCUGAGCAAGCUGUUGCAUUUGAGCUGGAGGCUACACAACGUCUGAAUGAUGCAGAAAUUGCAUUGCAAAAGGCAGAGAAGACUCUUUCCAGCUCUACUGUUGAUACUACAGAAACAGCUCAAGGGCAGUUGUUAGGUGAUGAUACUGCUGCUCAGGAGGAGGAUAGAGUGGUUCAAGGAAGUUCUGAAGAUAUCUCUGUUGAAUGGGAUAUAGAUGUCUUGAUAGAUGGCGAUUCGUCGGUUGUCAAGACUUUACCAGAUAGUCUAUCUGAAAAAACCAGCCAGAGUUCUGAAGACUCGGAUCAAACUCAAUAUUUGAGUGAUCAUGAGAACGGAAAGUUGACUUUAGACUCUCAAAAAGAAGCUGAUGCAGAACCAGAAAAGUCAAAGAAUGUUGUUCAAUCCAAAAAACUGGAAACUCAAAAGGAUCUAACUAAGGACAGUUCAUCCUCGAAUGCUCCUAAAGCGUUAUUGAAGAAAUCUUCCCGAUUCUUUUCUGCAUCAUUCUUCUCUUUUACUGUAGAUGGGAAAGAGUUAACACCAGCAUCAGUCUUUCAUGGUGUAAUGGAGUCCAUGAGGGAGCAAUGGCCCAAGCUCAUUUUUGGGCUCGUACUAUUUGGAGCAGGGGUCACCUUUUAUGCCAAUCGAGUGGAAAGGAGUACUCAGCUGCUACAACAGCCAGAUGUCAUCUCCACUACCAUUGAAGAAGUCUCAUUAAGUGCAAAGCCCGUAGUUCGACAAUUGCGGAAGAUUCCCAAAAGAAUUAAAAAAUUAAUUGAGAUGCUCCCACAUCAAGAGGUGAAUGAGGAGGAAGCUUCCCUCUUUGACGUCUUAUGGUUAUUGCUAGCAAGUGUAAUAUUUGUGCCCAUAUUUCAGAAAAUUCCUGGAGGCAGUCCCGUCCUUGGGUAUCUUGCUGCUGGCAUCUUAAUUGGGCCAUAUGGCCUCUCCAUAAUACGUCAUGUACAUGGGACAAAAGCAAUUGCUGAAUUUGGAGUUGUCUUCCUUCUGUUCAAUAUUGGCCUUGAGCUCUCUGUUGAAAGGUUGAGUUCCAUGAAGAAAUAUGUUUUUGGAUUAGGCUCUGCGCAGGUUCUGGCAACAGCCGUGGUGGUUGGCUUGGUUGCUCAUUAUGUUUGUGGACAGCCUGUUCCUGCUGCAAUUGUCAUUGGAAAUGGCUUGGCUUUAUCAUCCACUGCAGUCGUCUUGCAGGUGCUGCAAGAACGGGGAGAAAGCACAUCACGUCAUGGACGCGCUACAUUUUCAGUUUUACUUUUCCAGGAUCUGGCAGUCGUGGUUCUGCUUAUACUUAUACCUCUUAUCUCACCAAAUUCAUCCAAAGGAGGGGUUGGUUUUCAAGCCAUUGCUGAAGCUCUUGGACUUGCUGCUGUAAAAGCUGUAGUUGCCAUCAGUGCCAUUAUUGCUGGUGGACGCUUGCUUCUUCGACCAAUUUAUAAGCAAAUUGCAGAAAAUCAAAACGCUGAGAUCUUCUCUGCCAACACAUUGCUUGUUAUUCUGGGAACUAGUCUCCUAACUGCCAGGGCUGGACUUUCCAUGGCGUUGGGAGCAUUUUUGGCUGGUUUGCUCCUUGCAGAAACUGAGUUUUCCUUGCAGGUUGAAUCGGAUAUUGCUCCAUAUCGUGGCCUUUUAUUGGGCCUCUUUUUCAUGACGGUGGGAAUGUCUAUUGAUCCCAAACUUCUUGUUUCCAACUUCCCUGUCAUUGCUGGAACAUUGGGACUCUUAAUUGGUGGAAAAACUCUAUUGGUUGCUUUAGUUGGGAAAUUAUUUGGCAUUUCAAUAAUAUCUGCAAUAAGAGUUGGUCUACUUCUUGCACCGGGAGGAGAAUUUGCAUUUGUUGCUUUCGGUGAAGCUGUUAAUCAGGCAAUAAUGUCUCCCCAAUUUUCUUCUUUACUGUUUCUUGUGGUGGGUAUGUCAAUGGCCCUCACUCCAUGGCUAGCUGCUGGAGGCCAGUUAAUUGCUUCUCGUUUUGAACAGCAUGAUGUUCGAAGUUUAUUACCUGUUGAGAGUGAGACGGAUGAUUUGCAAGAUCAUAUUAUUAUUUGUGGAUUUGGACGAGUUGGCCAGAUAAUUGCCCAGCUUCUCUCAGAGCGUCUAAUUCCAUUUGUAGCUCUUGAUGUGAGGAGUGAUAGAGUCGCAGUUGGACGUGCAUUGGACCUUCCUGUUUAUUUCGGAGAUGCUGGCAGUCGAGAGGUGCUGCAUAAAGUAGGUGCUGAAAGAGCAUGUGCUGCAGCAAUAACUUUGGACACACCUGGUGCAAAUUAUAGAACUGUUUGGGCUCUGAGCAAGUACUUUCCUAACGUGAAGACUUUUGUACGUGCUCAUGACGUUGAUCAUGGCCUUAACUUGGAAAAGGCUGGUGCUACAGCGGUAGUCCCGGAAACCUUGGAACCCAGUCUACAGUUGGCAGCUGCUGUUCUUGCUCAGGCUAAACUUCCAAUGUCAGAGAUUGCAGCAACUAUCAACGAAUUUAGGUCUCGGCACCUAUCUGAGCUAGCCGAGCUGUGUCAAACUAGCGGAAGCUCACUUGGCUAUGGGUUUUCGCGGGUCAUGAAUAAACCCAAAGCUCCGUCUUCAGAUUCUUCAGAUGAGAGUGUGACUGAAGGAACACUGGCAAUAUAAACAUGCCAGAUGCAAACGUAGGUGGAGAGAAGUAAAAAAAAAUAAAGUAAACAAAAAAACGAAGUAAAAGGAAAAUAAAGAACUGUAUAGAUCUUCCUUUUGGUACAAGUUGUACAGAGACAUACUGAAAGAGGAAUGCAGCAAAUUAUUGGCCCCAUGAAAAUAUUUGAUCGAUUACGGCCUUUCAUAAAAUGUAUCUUUUUUUCUAGAAACAGAUGUCAUUUUUGUUUAUCAAUCAUCUGGAUUCAAUAUGAUGGACAACAUUGCAAAUUUUCUUUCUUAUU